UCCCGCGUGCGUGUGCUUAGAAAGCGCACCGAAAGUUUGGGAGUUUCGCUUCAGUAGACUGAGUGUGUUAACGGGACGCUCCGGCGUUCAGCGAGUGUUGGCCGGUGUUUUAUGCUCAUAGACACGCGUGAGAAUCUCUCACAGUGGACGGGGGAUUCCUUUAUAGCGUUUUUAUUUUGUUCUAAAUUGGAUCACAUGCGUAAUGACACGAAGUGAAACAUAUGCAUCACAACCGUAAGGAGACUGGACAGUGUCUUUCUUGUGGACUCUUCAUCUGUGGUUUACCAUUUGUCUGGAAACUAAAGUCUUUGACUUUUCAUGGAACAUACUUUGGUGACACCCAAAAACUGGAAGUGAAAUUCAUGGCCACCAUCCCUGUCCCGCCACCCUCGAUCCCCCCUCCCCCUCUCCCUCCCCCUCCCCCUCCUCCUCCUGUCUCAGCCAGCGGUCUGACCCGAGCCGACUCUGGUCGCAAACACCGGCUUCGCAACCUCAACUGGGAGCGGAUCCCCAAAGAGCGUGUGGAGGGCCGUAAGAGCGUUUGGACCGGCUCUCUGGAUGAGGACUGCGAGCUUUCCAUUGACCUGAACUCUCUGGAUGAACUCUUUGGGCAAAAAGAGGCUGACAAGCCCGACCGGGUCAGCGGCUUCCGGCGUAGUUUACGGCAGUGCGGGUCUCCACAAGAGACGAGUGUGGACAAAGUUACGCUGCUUGACUCAAAACGCAGCAUGAAUGUUGGGAUAUUUCUGCGGCAGUUGAAAAUUGCUGCUAGGGAGAUUGUGGAGGAUGUGAGACGAGGGGUCGGAGAGCGUUACGGAGCCGAGAAACUGGCAGAACUCUGCAAGCUGCUGCCUGAUAAUGAAGAGGAGGCCAGAUUGAAAAAGUUCAUCGGUGACCGUAGUUUACUGGCAGAGCCGGAUCUCUUCAUUCUCUCUCUGGUGGAGUUACCCAGCUUUCGCAUGCGUCUGGACGUCAUGAUCCUCCAGCAGGAGUUUGACCCUGCGGUGACCUCUCUCUGUGUGGCGGCCAGAUGUCUGCGGGAGGCUGCUCGAGAGCUGCUGAGCUGCCCGGAGCUGCACUACAUCCUGCGACUGGUGCUCAAGGCGGGAAACUACAUGAACGCUGGAGGUUAUGCUGGGAAUGCUGCAGGAUUCAGGAUUUCCUCUUUACUCAAAUUGGCCGACACCAAAGCCAACAAACCAGGCAUGAACCUCCUCCAUUUUGUCGGCGUGGAGGCUGUGAAGAAGGAUAAAGACUUGCUGAUGUUUCCCAGCCGCUUGAGUCACGUCGGUCCAGCUUCAAGGUUGUCAGAAGAGUCUGUGGUGGAGGACCUUUCUCGACUGCGAAGCAGAGUCGCUGAACUCCGAGUCAGAGCUCAGUCUGAUGCUGAAAUCGAGCAGCAGACCAGAGCAUUUCUAGAGGUUGUGGGAGUGAGGCUGCAGGAAGCUCGGGAUGAGCUGGAAAGCUUACAGAGGACCAGUAAGGCACUUGUGGAUUUCUUCUGUGAAGAUGACAAGUCCUUUAAACUGGAGGAGGCCUGUUAUAUCUUCCAUUGCUUCUGCCAUCGCUUCCAAAGAGCCGUGCUGGAGAACACCGAGAGGGAAUUACAAGAGCAGCGGCGUUUGGCACGUGAGCGUGAGAAUGUGGAAAGGCGUCGAUCUCUGGCUCUGUGCACCGGACUGGAAGCGGAGCGGGAGUCUUCUGAGCUGGAGCACGCGCUGCAGAGGAGCUUGAGUUACACGGGGAGCCGCCGCAGCCUGCGCAGGCUCUCGCAGUACUUCUUCCGCUCCGGUGAGAGAAAUAUGAAAUCUAAUAACCAACAGCACUGCGAAUCAGAGGGUGGAGACCGUCAUGUUCUCAAUCUCUGCAGAGAAUCAGAGCUUAGGCAUUCGCUACAAAAGAGUGAUGCAGACUCUGAGGCAACUAAACAAGGCAUAAAUAAGUUCAAACAAGUUCUGCGUUUAAACACAGAUUCAACGUGUGACCUGCAGCGAGAUGCAAUGGCUUCCUCAAACGCCGUGAAAAGCCAUUCUAGGUUGAAUACAAGGACAGUCCCCAGCGAUAACGCUUUUGUUGCUUUGGGAAAAACAAGUAUCAUGUCACAUCAGCAGGGGGCAGUGAAUGUCUUGCCGCUCACAGGACUAUCCCCUGACAAAGUUUUGAAAGUUGAGAAACUGGUUCAAGACGCCUCUGAAAGGCUGACGCAGAUAGAGACCGAUACCUCGGCGGAUGCUAAGAAUAAAGAGUGUGUAAAUGGCAAAGAGGGAGUAACACCACAGACAGAAGCCAAAACAGCCACUAGUCUGUUAGGAGAGACGUGGCCAAGUGCAUCUUCUCCUCCUCCUCUAUCCCAGGAGCCCUGUAGCCCAGAAAGAGAGCACGUUUACCCGGGGAUUGGCGAGACGCUGGAGUGCCACACCCUAGUGAGGGCCCUACGCUCCUACGAUAGCCUUUCUCCAACCAUGACGCGGCCGACCACCAAUCACUGCUCCAAAUGGAAGAAAGAGCGGGAAGCCGAGGAGCGAGAUGGUGCAAACUCACCGCAUGCCAAGGAUGAUUCCCGUCUAGUAAAGACACCUACUCGAGGACCAACCAAAAGACUGCUGGUACAACGAGGAGGGCCCUCCAACAGCAACGGGAUCCCAAGAGUGCGCACAAAGGCAGAACUAACUCCUGCCGACGGCUUGUCAGCUAGUCAGGUGUCGCGUCCUUCCCCUACACACCCCAAGUCCAUUCACACAUCGCUAGUAACGCGCUUCGCUGGCGUUCAAAAUGAACUCAAGCACAGCGGUAGUGCACCCCAGAAGCUGAACACACCAUGUGAUACGGGGAAACAAAAAGGUAACGCUACUGAGAAGUUGAACCAGGAUAAGGACAAGCAUGGCGAGCAGUUUGUAAGGGGCUCGCCACUUCGUGUGUCCAAACGGCUUGCGCCCAACUCUGAAUUCCAGACUCUCCACACCAUACACUCUCCCACCGCUGCUACAACUGCAAAGACAAUCCGAACAGCCAUCAUAAGUGCAGCCAAAGCCAAGACAAACAAGACCCCAGGCACCAGAAUCCCAGGGCCUAAAAUUCCCAAACCGGCUGCCCAACCCAUGUGGAGAUAAUAUCUGGUACUCUGAGUAGCGGCUUGAUGAUGUUAUCUGCGUUUAUUAUAACAUGUCGUAAACUAAUUUAAUACACGAGAAGGACUUUAGUUGCUGGAUGUCAAGGGUUUUGUGUCAAUGGUCAACUCAACCUGCAGAAUGCCAGUAAAUAAAGGAGCCAUUCAUUGGGUCUGCCCAGAAUUGACAGUCUGCAGGGCACUGUAAUGGAUCCGAGCCGAAUGACUGCUACUUUCAGAGCUCUUCGCUGAUUCAGGUCACUGCGAGUUUGGCCUCCCAUUUCAGGACUUUGAUGGAAACUGUCAGGAGAGUCUCGUCCAGCACUGUCUUUAGCUCUACCUCAGAACACUCGAGUGCUCCGUGCAGGUUACGGGGCACAUCGGAAGGAUUCCUACCAGAAACUUCUUUCAAUAUGAGUUUUGUUUGCGACGUCGAAAUGAACAGAGCUGCCACAGUCAAACAGACCACAGUAAGUGACUGAACUCUCAUGUCACGUGGGUUAUUGAUUUUAACUUGCCCUUUGAUUCAGGUCAAAUUGACUGUUUACUUGAGUUACGGUACAAAAUAAUGAUGCAGAACUUCAUUUAAAAUCAUGUAUGUAAUAAUUCAAGAUCCCAAAGCAAAUGUGUUGAAGUAAAUUGUGUGUGCGGUGUGUGUCCAUUUGUACAUGUUGGGUUCCUUCAACUCUGAUGCACUUUACAGACGAAAGAGAGAUUUGGCAGAAACUGUAUUUGUGGUAAUAUGCUGUACAUUUGUUUUGUUUAUAUAAAAUGUUAAAUUAACAGAAUCAAAGACAGCUGCCAUUUGUAAUAUGCAUAUUUGUAAAUAAUGAGAAUUUGAA